AGCGGAGCGGAGCGGGAGCGGCCCCGGAGCGGAGCGGAGCGGACGGUGCGCCCGGCGCUGCCCCGCACCGCGCUCGACCCAGGGGCCGCUCCCAUGGAGGCGUUCCCGGGCACCAAGCUGGAGCAGCACCGGCACCUCCCGCCCGUGGAGUGCCUGCCGGGCGCCCGCUACGGCGGCCGGAGCCACAGCGCCUGCGGGAACGUCUUCAACUCCUGGAACGACUACCUGGGGCUGGCCACGCUCAUCACCAAAGCCGUGCGGCCGGGCAAGGGCUUCGGCGCCGAGCCCCCCUCGGUGGUGGUAGCGGCCGCCGUGCCGCCGGCCGAGGAGGAGGAGGAAGAGGAGGAGGAGGAGGAAGAGGCGGCGGGGCCAUACUUCGAGGGCGCGCUGGACUUGCACGACCUGGACCUGUGCGGGCAUCACCAUCACGGCGAGGGGCUGCUGGAGGAGCGCUUCGCCGAAUUCAGCCCCUUCCCCGGGCGCGGCGGCCCCGCCGCCGUGGUGUUCGACUGCUCGGGGGAGCACCCGGGCCGGGAGGGCUCAGCCCACGCCUGGGGCGGUGUGGUGGUGGCGGGGCGGCUGCCGGCGCACCCGCGGGCCGCCUCCCGCCUGCUCAAGCCCGAGCUGCAGGUCUGCGUCUUCUGCCGGAACAACAAGGAGGCGGUGGCCCUCUACACCACGCACAUCCUCAAGGGACCCGACGGCCGCGUCCUGUGCCCGGUGCUGCGGCGCUACACCUGCCCCCUCUGCGGCGCCAGCGGCGACAAUGCCCACACCAUCAAGUACUGUCCCCUCUCCAAAGUGCCGGCGGCCCGGCAGCUCCGGCACGCCCGGACCGCCCUGGGCAGGAAGGGCCGCUAGCGGCCGGSACCCCCGGGCCCCGGGGCGGCCCCGUUCCCCAUCACGCUGACACUGCCCCGGCCCCGGGGCGGCCGCUGCGCGCUGGACCGCGCGGAGCCCGGCGCCGGGCCCGGGGACUGCGCGGCGGAGAUGCGCUGUGUUUGUUUAUUGUAAGAAAAAAUAUAUCUAUAUGUGAUUUUUACGGAGACGGCGAGAUCUGACUGGGUGGGUGUGCGCGGGGGGGUUCGAGGGUUGAACGCACGGCCGGGGAGGUGGCGGGGGUCCCGGGGUGCCCGCGGCGGGGCAGCACCGCUUUCUGCUCUGCCCGUCCCGAGCGCUCCGUGCCGGCGGGGCAUCGCGCGGGGAGCUGUUCUUAAUUGCCGGUUAAUAGCAGGGUAUUUAAUUAGGGUACAACACUCCGCCUUUCAGCUCUUAAACAUCCGAGCAAUUUCCUUUGCCGGUCCUAAAACCGGUAAGCAAAUCGCGAUGAAACCUGCCCUCGGUAUUUUACACCUGCUUCCCAAAAUCGCAGCGUCCGAGCUGGUGCGGUGCCCCGCCGUCAGCGCUCCUCUCGUGGGCACCGAUGGCGCUGGUCCCCGUGUCGAAAACUCAGCCUCAGGGAAGGUCUGAGAGGAGAAAACAUCCUAGUGCAUGUUUGAAAACGUGACGACUCUGGGCCAGGGUGCAAACUGAGCCCGUUCUGCUGACAGAAAGGCAGUAAGAUGGCAAUAGAGCGAGCUGUGAACAGCUGUGUUUGUGGUGGAGAAUGGGGGAAACUCGAUGGAAACAGACCUGGACAAAGCAGAAAGCUGGGAGCGUAGGAGAAUGGGAGAAAGGGACGUUGUUUAUUUUCAAGAGUUGAGAGAAUGUGGCUUUAACUCUUUGCAAGUGGAAGAGCUCUACCCAUGUGGGUUGRCAAAUAUCCUUAACACUACACAGACUGUACAAAGCAUAGGAAUUAUGCUGCCAGGGCUAUAUCCUUUCUAAUCCCCAAGGAAAAAAGAAAUUGAAGAAAUUGCUUUUUUUCUUUGCGUUGGUUGGGUU